AUGAAGACAAUGAUAAAAUAACAAUAUCAAACUAAAUAGAUUUAGAUGUUAUUCAAGUUACACUUUCAAAUUAUCAUUUAGACUACAGAGAAUUUUUAAAUUAUUGUUCAAGAAAUUGAUAAUGCCUAAGAAUUAACAGACAAUUCCUUUUAAAAACCUGAUAAAAUUGUCUAAGAAACAGUCACCUAUUCUAGAAAACUUAGGAAUGAUCAUGAAAAUAAUGAUUCUGGUUGUCCAAAUAUUACAGAAAAAUAAGAAUAAUAAGAAGUAGAGAAAAAAACUAAAAAAGGUUAAACAGCAAAUAAUGAAUAAAAAAAUUUUGAAAAAUAAAGAUUAAAAAUAAUAAAGGAAUUAAAUUCAACUAUUAAUCAUCUUCGUUCAGAAAUACUUAAAAUUGAGAGUGAUGAUACAGAAAAAAUAAUAAAUGAGAAAAUAUAAAAUUUAUAGAAAAUACAGAUCAAUUAAUCAUCUCUUGCCAUAGAAUUAUGUGAACUACCUAUUAUUUAAUAAAUUGAAUAAGCUGAAAAUAAUAUUAUUAACCUUAAUAAAGUUGAAAAGGAUGAAUUAAGAAAGAAUUAAAAUAAAUUAAUUAAAUAAAUUGAGAAAAUCAUUUCAAAUAGAUUAUAAAAAUAAAUAGGGUAUGUAAAAUAAAAUCAAGAAGUUGUUAAAACAGAAAAAAAACUUUAAUAAAAGUUAAUUAAGACAAAAAAUAAAAAUGAAAAAUAGUUAAUAAAAUAUAAUUAAUUAUUAAUCUAAUAUCAAAAUAAACUUAAAGAAGUUGAAAACUAAUAAUGGAAUUUUGAAAAAAUUGAUUAUCUAAAAAAUGAAUAAUUAGAAAAAUAUUUAGAUAAAUAAAUGAAGGAAGAAUUAAAGGCAAAAAAAUAAAAGCGAAUUGAAAAUGAAAAAUUGAAUUAAAAACUAUUCAACUUAGAAAAUAUAAAGUAUGAAUAUGAGAGUGAUAACUUUAAUAAUUCUUUUGAAAUAGAUUGA